CCAGCAGGUUCUGUCUUUCUGUCGCUCGUUCUCUCCAUCACAUGCACUCCUGCUUCCUCUUUAUUUCUCUCUCACACUUUCUCUUCUCUCUCUGUCCGUUCAGUCUCUCUCUCAGUCUGCAUCCUGUAGCCCUGAAGUGCAGUCCUCUCUUUCUCUCCCUAUCGCUCUCUCUCCAUCUCUCUCUCUGUACCACUUGGAGGAGGAGUCACUGACACACUCUCUUUCUCACACACAACCUCUCUCACACACAGUCUGUGUGACCAGCCCAGCCAGCAGCCAGCAGCCAGCAGGCCCGUUUCAGAGCAGGGAAGCCCAGGAGAGACCUAUCCCAGGAUGGAUGUACUGAUGAAGGGGUUCAGCAUGGCCAAGGAGGGGGUGGUGGCCGCUGCGGAGAAGACCAAGGCUGGGGUGGAGGGGGCAGCCGCUAAGACCAAGGAGGGUGUCAUGUAUGUAGGUUCAAAGACAAAGGAGGGAAUGGACGCAGGGGUAAACAUAGUUGCUAACCGCGACCAGGCGAACAUCGUCGGGGACCCCACUGCUGGAGCUGACCUCUUACAGGGAGGCAUGGAGAAUACCGGACAAGCGGAGGAGCCUCAGCCUGUAUACGAGGCAGAAUAUGGAGGAAUGGAGCAGGGAGGAGAAGGAGGAGAAGGCGGUUACUAGUCCCUCUCUUCUCCCCAGCCCUCCGUUGGUCCCUCGCCCUGCUGUUCCAGACUUCCAGAUGUUCUAUUUAUUUUUUUGUGACUUUAUGGAACCAAACCAGAUACAGACUCUUCCAGAUAACUCUAUACACCUCCUGAUACCCCAUGAGACCCUCUUCUGCCCCCCCCGACUGUGUUCUGCCCCGUGUAGCUCCCCGCCUUUGUGUUGUUGCUGUCAUGUUGUUACCCCUGGUGUUAUAUUCUCCCUCACACCUCCCAAUACCCUAUCAUGAGACCUGCGUACACACACACACACACACACACACACACACACAGACACACACACACACACACACACACACACACACACACACACACACACACACACACACACACACACACACACACACACACACACACACACACACACAGGGUAGAUGUUAUCAGCCGGAUCACUAAGAUAGAUGUCUGAAAAGGACCCAGGUGCGUGGAUAUAUGCCUUCGUUGGUGCUCAUCAAAAGAGAAGAAGAAGGAUUGACCAGAUCUGGGCGUGACCUUGUUAUGCUCAGAGUGUGCGGUUCAGAUUACUACGCCACCACAAUUGUUCCAGCAAGCCGCGGAAUUAAUGCGGCACAAAUAGACGUUCAGCCAUAAUACGUCGAAAUCCGAAAGGAAACUCCAGCCAGCAGACAGCUGCGAUGAUUAUUCAGGAUGACAGAACCACAGAGAGAUCAUAUCUGAUUGUAGUGUGUGUGUGUGUGUGUGUGUGUGUGUGUGUGUGUGUGUGUGUGUUAGACUCGUCAGAUAGUAGGGCAGUUCAGGAGUGUUCUGUCCACGAGAGGCUGCUGUAGGGACCCGUGCAAUGAACAGAGUGUGUGUGUGUGCAUUUGUUUGGGUAUGUGUGUGUUAGAGUGUGUUUGAGACAUGCCAGAAAGCAAUACAGGUGUUCUGUUAGUUAGUGUGUCCCUUGUUAGAAAUGACAUGAGAGGAAGAAAGUUCCUGCAAAGACUGGGAAUCACACAACAACAGAAGCUAUCAAUAUACGCAGUACUUUACAAUGGAUUUGGUCUAGCCUGGGUGUAGUCUGGGUCUAGUUCUGCCCUGGGUCUGCUGGCAGGGUUGGAAGGGAUGAAAGCAGAACGCGAUACCUGUGGAUCCUGAUGUUGUGAAGGGAAAAUUCCUUGUUAUAGUAAUACCACCGAGCAAUAGUCAGACAGACAGGGGGUUGUCAUAGUAAUACCACCGAGCAAUAGUCAGACAGACAGGGGGUUGUCAUAGUAACACCACCAAGCAAUAGUCAGAGACAGGAGGUUGUCAUAGUAACACCACCGAGCAAUAGUCAGACGGACAAGGGGUUGUCAUAGUAACACAACAGAGCAAUAGUCAGAGAGACAUGGGGUUGUCAUAGCAACACCACCGAGCAAUAGUCAGAAAGACAGGGGGUUGUCAUAAUAACACCGCCGAGCAAUAGACAUACGGACAGGGGGUUGUCAUAGCAACACCGCCGAGCAAUAGUCAGACGGACAGGGGGUUGUCAUAGUAAUACCACCGAGCAAUAGUCAGACAGAUAGGGGGUUGUCAUAGAAGAGCAUCCCACACAGGGAAUGCUGGGAAAUUUUAAAUGUGAUUUUUGAUUCCCACAACAAUAGUCAAUGGUUAACGACAGUUGCUCCUGGAUCAACCAUCUCAGCCACUGAGAACAAGCCUGGGAAAGAGUGUGUGUUUGUGUGUGUUAUUUCUUUGAGACCAAUGGAAACUAAUGACUGCAUGUUGCCUUAUUAUGCACUCAAAUUCACACACACACACACACACACACACACACACACACACACACACACACACACACACACACACACACACACACACACACACACACACACACACACACACACACACACACACACACACACACACACACACACAAACACGCACACAGGUACCUGCACAAACCCCAGAUCCAUACACACAGCACACUCAUAAAGCACACAAACAAAAACAUAAACACUCCAACACCACGUUUAAGUUGGCAUCGAAGCGGACUUGCUGAUUUUAUAAACAGUACCAGUGAAUUAAAGACGGUUUUGUUGAAAUCCAAA